GGAAAGGGUUCCAGUUCUGGAUACAUCAUGGAUAUACUAAAUUUGGAUAUGUUGAGUUUAAGGUAAUAUGUAGAACAUCCAAAUGGAUAUGUGCUGUAGGAAAUUAUAAAUAGAGGACUAGUGCUCCUCUCAGACAAGACUGAAGGUGGAGAUUUCAAUCAUCCACUUUUGAUAUAGUCAAAGCCAUUAGACUGGGUGAGUUCUUUGAAAGAGUGAUGGUGGGGGACAUGAUUCAUGGGGAUUACCCUUAGUUAGAUUUCAGGAACAGGAAGAGGAGACAGCAAAGGUGUCAAGAGAUAUUAAGAGAGGCAGAAGGAGAACCAGGAAAGUUCAAUAUCCCAGAAACCAGAGGAGGUGAGAGUUUCAAGAAAGAAGGGGUAGAGAUGGUUGUAAGAGGGGUUGAAGAGAAUUUCAUGUGACAAUUUGGGAGAGAAAUGAAGAGAGCAGAGUACUACUUGGGCGAAAGAUCUCUUCUUCUUUCAGAUGCUAUCCAAUGAUAACUGCUCCCUUUCUGUUGUCUGCCAAAGUGAUAGUGCAAGAAUUAGAAUUUUUAGUAAUUUAGAGAGUAACAAGUUUCUGAUCUAUGUGCCUGAAACAGUUUUUGUUUAAUGAGAGCUUGUUAACUGACUGUCUCUAUCAUGCCUCCCUUCCUUUUAUUUCUCCUAUGUGUGCAUCCAUGCAUCCCUGGUCUUCAACACUGACAGCUAAGGGACGCCAAGGACCUUUAUUUUUGUAAAUUUGUUCCCUCCUUUCUUAAGUCUUAAUCCCUUGCUUGUGACUCUACAAUUGGUUGCUAAGGAAACUGAUUGUGACGUCACAGGAUGAGGACUUCAGGUGAAGAGGCAGGAGCAGGUGAGUCAGUAGGAGAAGGAGAUUUUAAUGUAAACAAAGGAGGAAGACUUUCCCCUCCAUUCAUAUAUAUAUACAUAUUACAUAUAUAUAUGACAAAUAGGCAGGACAUAAGAUUUUUGCAGCUUUUGUAGCAUUUAAAAAAAUGAUGAAACAAAAUUAUGGUGUUUGGCAUUUUGAUGGCCACAGAGUAUAUGAACUUGAUCUCUAGCUAUGCAGACACUGUUGUUUGAGUCCUGUUAUUCCAUGUUGGAUUGCUAUUUAGAUACAGAGAUUGCAUCAUCCUUCAUACGUAUAAACAGGGAAUCCCCAGGGCUUUGCCAGCUCCUCAUUUCUCCACCUACAGUGUUGUUAUGAUGAGCUAUAUUUAAACGAGCUGCCUGAAACCUUCAGGUUCCAGCAACAGAUGAAUAUUGUCAUUUUUAGGUAACAUGGAGGGUGAGGGCUUACUGGAGCAGGUCCUGCAGUACUGAUGGAGGAAGCAGCCUUGUGAGCUAAGCAGAGAGCUAUAAGCAGAGUUCCCUAAAGUUAAAAGUCUUGUUUUGUUUUGUUUUGUUUUCCACUUGAGCAUCCAUCACGAGUUACCCUAAGGAUUUAGAAAGGAGAUACAGCUGGAAAGAGAUAUGUCUCUUUAAGACUGUCUCUCUUGCCGAUCAGUUUGGGAAUAUUGUUGUUGCUGUGCUUUCAAGAUAAACUCAUCCAGGAUGACUCACCAGAGGCCUUCCUUACAGGAGUAUCUCAGGCGUCUCCUCCAACCCCAUCUGCCCAUGGACCUGAGUUACCAGAGAUGUAGCUGAAAAUUCCUUUCUCCAGAGCUUCCCUACUGCACACUCCAUAAUGGCCAGGAGCUGCUCCGAGUGCAAGGAGAAGAGGCCAGCGCACAUCCUCUGUACCUACUGCAACCGAUGGCUGUGCAGCUCCUGCACCGAGGAACACCAGCAUGCCAAGGACAUGGCAGACCACUUUCUUUCCCGAUCCCAGAAGGGAUCUUCAGGAAUGGACAGUGGGUCCAAUGACUCCUCUUUGUACUGCCCAUUGCAUGGUCAAGAGAUUCUCAAGUUGUUCUGCGAGACCUGUGAUGUCCUCACGUGCCAUAGCUGCCUAAUGAUUGACCACAAAGAUCACAGGUGCAGACAUCUAGAAGAGGUUUUGCAAAACCAAAGGAUGCUUCUGGAAAGUGUGACCACUCAGGUGGAGCAUAAGAAAACUGGGUUACAGGCUUCUGCUAAACAGAUUGAAGACAGGCUAUUUGAAGUCAAGCAUCUUCAUAGGAAAGUAGAAAACCAAAUCAAAAUGGCCAAGAUGGUUCUGAUGAAUGAAUUGAACAAGCAAGCCAAUGGACUUUUGGAACAGCUGGAGGGUUUCGCCAAUGAAAGGAAGCAAAAACUGGAGCAGCAGUUACAGAGCAUCAUGGUCUUAAACCGUCAGUUUGAGCAUGUGCAGAACUUCAUCAACUGGGCAGUCUGCAGUAAGAACAGCAUCCCCUUUCUCUUCAGCAAAGAACUGAUUGUAUUUCAGAUGCAGCGUUUAUUGGAGACGAGUUGUAACACGGAUCCUGGGCCCCCCUGGAAGAUCAGGUUUACCUGGGACCCUUCCUUCUGGACAAAGCAGCUGACAACCUUAGGCUGUAUAACAACGGAAAGUGGACCCCUUCCCCGGCCAGAAGCCCUCAGCUACGGAAACAUGCAAGGGUCAUCUUUUUAUCAUGGCCACCUCUCCCCAGUCGCCCAGCAGGAUCCUCUGGGCAGCCAGCCACAUAAAUUCCAAGCUUCAGGGCCAUGUUCCACCCCAGUGUGCUGUUCUCACUGCCCCCCAGCCCUCCAUGUACACAAAAGCCAGGCCCCACACCCCGGCACCCACCAUUCCCAGAGCUUCAGACACCCCUCUGAGAUGCAGCCCCCGCCCCAUAUGUCUGCCCAGUAUACGCCGGCAGCACCCCCCAGCGAGAAAGAUCAGGCCUGCAGUCCCCCUCCUGUGAAGCUGAUGCAGCCCUGGCUGGACCCCCAGCUGCACACAGAGCCAGAGAGCGCCCCCCAGGGGCUGGGCAAACUCUCCCACCCGCAACCCCUGCAGCAGGGCCCACCCCCUGCCUGUUCAGGGGCCCCACCCGCCCACAGCCAACACGCUCAGCGUCCCCUACAGCCCCCCACUGUCCAAGUCCAGUUUGGCCAUCACCAGAAACUCAAGUUCAGCCAUUUUCAGCAGCACCAGCAGCUGCCGCCCCCUCAGCCACCACAGCCACUGCCCCCGCAGCCCCAGCCGCAGCCCCAGCCGCAGCCCCCGCCACCCCCGCCACUGGCCUCGGGUCAGCAUGAGAGUGCCCACGAGCCUGUCCUGCAUCCUAGCCUGGACAUCAUGCACCAUAAGUUCGAGCUGGAGGAAAUGCAGAAGGACCUGGAGCUUCUCCUUCAGGCUCAGCAGCCCAGUCUGCAGCUCAACCAGACCAAGUCCCCUCAGCAUGUGCAGCAGACCAUCGUGGGCCAGAUAAACUACAUCGUGAGGCAGCCGGCACCUCUUCAGCCAGUCCAAGAAGAAGUCUCCCAGACUUGUGAUGAGCCCAGUGUUUCUGAGGGCCCAAAGCCAGUUCCACCUCUUGAAAGGACUGUCAUCCCUCCUGUGUCCCAGGCCAUGGUAGAAGAUGCCCCUGUCAGCGUGCACCCUUUGGACAGCACCAUGCAGCCCUCCUCUCCUAAUCCAGUGAGAAAGCGCUCAGCCUCAGUGAGCAUAAUGGGCUUUUCCAACACACUGGAAAUGGAACUGUCAUCCCCAAGAACAGGAAGAUCAAUGGAGCCCCAGAUCCAGAGUGUGACCAGCCUGACAGCUGGCUCCUGCUCCCACAGCCUGGGCCCUACCUCCGACACACAGCCAGAAACAGGGCCCAGUUACAAUCCAGCAGUCACCCGGGUCCUGCACCCUGGGGAUGGGGCCAGCCACUUAUCUUUGGGAGACGUUCUCUUGGGCAAUGCACCAUGCAAGAUGGAAAAUGAGGAUUCCAGACCUAUUAGUGACUCUCUGGGACACAACACAGCAGCUGCCUGCCCAAAUGCUCAGGAAGAAUUAGUUCUUCCUUUGCAAAAAAUCCUGGAGGAACCGAUUAAUCUCUCAGUGAAGAAACCCUUACAUCUUGCCUCUCCCCCAGUGCCAGCUGCCAGUGCUUCUCCCCUGCCAUCCACGACUGUGAAACCUCUUUGGCACACAGAAGAUUGUGGGAAUUCUGAACGGGAGCCAUUUGGGGCAGACACAAAGGAGAAUUCAAGCAUCAGGGCCUACCCCAAAGAGCUGAAGAUUCCCUACGUUCGCCUGGAACGCCUGAAGAUCUGUGCAGCAGCCUCAGGAGAGCUGCCCGUGUUUAAACUGCAGAGCGAGCAAGAUGGGUCCUUUCUGCUGGUCAUUGAGUGUGGCACUGAAUCUUCUAGCAUGUCCAUCAAGGUCAACCAGGACAGCUUGCCAGAUGCUUUGAAGCCUAAGGCUGAGGAUCGAGGACAGAGAAAUGUUCCUGUAGGCUUUGCAGCUGGGCAGAAUUUGCCGUUGUUUGAGACCUCAUCUCCUGGGGAACAAAGGAGCCACUAUAACCCUGGAGCCAAGAAGUCUCCCUCUGCUCCCAACACAGACCCGAUUGAGAAUGAGGACUUCUGCGCAGUGUGUCUGAAUGGGGGGGAACUGCUCUGCUGUGACCAUUGUCCAAAGGUGUACCACCUUUCCUGCCAUGUUCCAGCUCUGCUCAGCUUCCCCGGGGGUGAGUGGGUGUGUACCCUGUGCCGGAGUCUAACAAAGCCUGAGGUGGAAUACGACUGUGACAAUACUCGCUAUGGCCAUACCAAUCCUGGAGGACGCCUUCUCUCUGGCUUGAGUGAUUAUGAUCAGAAGAAAUGUGAAAAACUGGUGUUGUCCCUGUGUUGCAGCAGCCUCAGUCUCCCAUUCCAUGAGCCUGUCAGCCCACUGGCUCGACAUUAUUACCAGAUUAUCAAGAGGCCCAUGGAUUUGUCAAUUAUCCGGAGAAAGCUCCAGAAGAAAGAUAUCGCCCACUACUCUAGCCCAGAGGAGGUGGUGGCUGAUGUUCGCCUCAUGUUUUGGAACUGUGCAAAGUUCAAUUAUCCGGACUCAGAGGUGGCUGAGGCUGGCCGAUGCCUGGAAGUCUUCUUUGAGGGCUGGCUAAAGGAGAUCUACCCCGAGAAGCUGUUUGCUCGACCCCGGCAGGAGGACUCCGACUCAGAGGAGACGGAGAACGAGAGUGGAGGCUCCAUGCCCCCUCAGGGCUUCCCGUGGCCAGCCUAUGGACAGGAGUAUAUCCAGCCCAAGCGGAGACGCCGCCAUACUGUAAGUAGGAGGUCCAGGGGUAGCCGUGCUUACAUCUGGCAGGCCAGCGGACAGUCAGAGUGAAGAGAUUUCAGAAACAUCUCACGGGUACUUAGGUAAAAAACGACUUCCUUCACCGCGCCAGGUAAGGCAAUGCCUCUUGUCAGGAAGGUUCAGGGAGGUGCUCUCAACGAAUAGUCAUUCCAUAAACUUCAGGUUUGUGGAAGAAAAGAGAACAUACUACCUCCUCCUGCCACCCGAGGAGGCUUGGUCCCACCGAGCCUUUACGUAGACCCUAGGAACCUCUCAGCCAGUUAUCCUUGGGGGGGAGGAUAGCAUCUAGGUGUUCCAGGAAGACCUGGCCAGGCCCCCUUAAAAGGAAGUCAAGGCUCUGUGCUAAGUUACUCUGAUGUUUUCUUUUCAGGAGAGUGAGAGAGCAAAAAGGCUCUCGUUCCGUCUGGCCAGCAGCUUCCCCCAGGUGUGAGAAAACUAUGGUCCUCUGACAGGAAUGGAGCCCCAAAUUCUGACAGCACGGGCCCCCUCGCCCAGUCCUCAUUACUUCUCAGACCACAUCUUCUGGAGAAUUUGGAUUAUUGGAGUGUCUCUGAACAGCCUUCCAGGGGGCAUCUGCACCAUUUCCAUGGAAGUCACAGCUGGGAAAAUUCCAGAAAUGAAAUCCAACAGAUGACUAUUUCCUUUUGCUGUUCAACAGGAAUCAAGUCUCCAGCACAGCUCUGAUCAACUGGAAUAGCCCUCUGACUCCAUGGCCAAGUUGGGGCUUUCAAGUUCCAUUUCCUAUAUUUGUUCAUGGGGAAGAGUAGGGAGAGAAGUCCUGGCUCUUAGUACUUUGGCUGACCUGCUGUCCCAGACACAGAGGACAAAUAGCCACUGGUAAUGGUUCCUUUUGUUGUGCAGAGUGAGGUAUCCAUCCAUCCCUGGCAGCCCUGGAAUCCUUAUGGGGAAUACGAGAGACCUUUGGUCAAAGUCCAUGCCUGCUGAUGAGACAAUCUCCCAGCCCUGUACUUCCCAAGAACCUCGUGCUAUCCAUUCCAUUUGUAAUCAGGCAGAAAGGAGGCAAGGACUGCCUGUUUCUUAAUUUUCCUUUGUUGGACAUUACUCAGGUGUAUGUAAUUUUGAACACACCUUUUUACUCUAUUGCUGUUGUGUCUAAACUCAGUGGCUAUGCCUGGGCCAUUAACACAAAUAUUUUAACUUUCCUUUUGGAGGGGUUCAGAACACCCACAUAUUCUAGCCUGUUCUCUGUCACUCAUUACUGACAAGAACCUCUCUAAUAGGCUUCUUUUCUUGACUACAAGGGUUUCUUCCAAGAAGUGGUAUUGGCUGCCUGGAAAGCAAUCUUUUGACCCAUGUUGGAGUCCUUGACUUUGUUUUUUUGGGGUUGCUUAUGUGAUUUACGUCUCUUGAUCCUGCAUAGUGCCUGGGACCUUAGGGUCCCUCUGCUUUUCAGUGGGAGAUGGAGGCAGGAUUGGAGUAGAAUUAUAUUCAUUAACAAUACUUCUGCCAGCCUCCUGGGCCCAGUGAAGGGGCCACAUCAAUGCCUUUUUUUUCUUGUUACCAUCAUAGAGAAUUCACUGUGGAAGGAGCCUCUGAUGAACACUCCUUUUGAAUCUGCCUAGUAAAGGGCAAGCUCUUAUUUUGUUUCUCUUCCUUCUGCUUUCCAUUUGUGGUCAUAAAAUGAUAGAAUCUCUGCAUUGGGAGAGAGCCCAGAAGGUCAUCUAGUCCAACAGGAAUAUCUUCUCUAGCAGUCCUGAUAAGUGGUCAUCCAGCCAUCUCUUGAAGACCACUAGUAAUGGGGAACUCACUACCUCCAACUAUAGCCAUUCCACCAUUGAAGAGCUUGGUUGUUUGGAAGGUUUUCCUUCUGCUUGCUCCAGUCUGGCUUUCUUUCUGUUUUCUACCUAUUGGAUCAAAAGAUUUAGAGCUGAAAGGUGCUUUAUAAUCCCAACAUAUUACAGAUGAAGAGACUGAGACCUAGAGAGGGGAAGUCAGUUGCUUACCCAAAGUCAACUAGCUAGGAAUUUGUGUCACCAGAAUUCUGGAAUCUGGGUCUUCUACCUCCAGAACCCAUGUUCUUUUCAUGCCUCACUAUCAUUGUGAUCUAUUUUUAGCAUGGCCCACUGGAUUAAUCAAAACAAUUCUGAUGCCCCUUUCAUAUGUCAGCCCUUUAAACAUGUAAAGAAAGCUAUGAUGUUAGCCCUUGAUUUUUCUCUUCAAUUUAAACACUCCCAGUUCUUUUAGCUAAUCCUUAUAUGAUUUCCUGGCAAUCCUGACUAGGUAGGUUUCAGCUUGUCAGUGUCUUUCCUAAGAUGGGGUACCCAGAACUGAACUUAAUACUUCAGGGCAGCAGGACCAUUGUCUCCCUUAUUUCAGACACUAUGCUUCUAGAAAUUCAGCUAAAGAUUGCAUUUCCUUUUUUUUUUUGACUGCCAUGUUACACUUUUGAUUUAUAUUGAUCUUGCAAGCCACUAAAAACCUAUACAUCUUUUUUUUUAAUUGAAGCUGUCAUGUGGUAAACUCCACUCCCACUCCUGUACUUAUACAGUAAUUCUUUUAAUUGCAAGUUUAUGACUUUUACAGUUAUCCCUUUUAGAGUUCUUCUAAUUAAAUUGUGCUUAUUUCUCUAGCCAAUAGAGACCUUUUGGGAUCCUGGUCCUUUCAUUCAAUAUAUUAGCUGCUGCUCCAAGUUUCAUGUCAUCUGCAAAUCUCUGAUAAACAUGAUAAACAUGUCUAUGUGGUUAUUUUUCACAAUUCUAUGAAAAAAAUGCUAAAGGGAAUAGGGCCAAGGACAGAGCCCUGUGAUGUUCCAGGUUGGACCAAUCCACAAUUGAUGGAGUCUACUCUUUUCUAUUACUCAAAGAAUCACUUCUCUUUGAGCCUUGAUCAUUCAACCAGUUCUAGAUUCACCUAUGUGAAAUUGUCCUCUUAGUGUCACCAAACAGCCCUUGUCUUGCUCUCGUAGUUAUUUCAAGAAACUUUGUGAAAUGUCUUGCUGAAGUUCAGGUAUAUUAUGUCUAUGGAAUCCUCAUAUACUAGUCUAGUAACUGUUAGAAAAGAAAACAAAGUUAAUCUUUCAUCACUUCUUCUUGAUGAACCUAGGCUGCUUCCUAGGGAUCAGUUUAUCUUUUUAAUCAAUCAAUCAAUCAGGAGGAUUUAUUAAGUACGGUAGACCCAGUACUAAUUGCUGGGGAGACAAAGACAAAAGAAAAACAGUUUGUAUCCUUGAGAAGAUCAUAUUUUAAUGGGGGAGACAAAUAUAGACACACAGAGAGAAGGGGGAAGGAAUUUAUUUAGCACCUACUAAGUGCCAAGCAUGAUGAGAAGCACUUUACAAAUAUUAUCACUUAAUCCUCACAACAACCCUAGAACAUAGGAGCUAUUGUUACCCCCAUUUUAUAGUUGAGGAAACCCAGGCAAACAGUGGCUAAGUAACUUGCCCAGGGACAUGCAGCUAGUUGGCAUCUGGCACUGGAUUUGAAUUUAGGUCUUUUUGAUCUCAGACCCAAUGCUCUAUUCCCUGAGCCACCUAAUUGCCUCUAUACAUAUACAUAUGGGUAACCUUGGGAGGGAAGGCAUGAAUUUAGGGCUAUGGUGCUGCUUGAACUGGAUCUUGAAGGAAACCAGGGAUUUCUAGGGGCUCAAAAGCUCUCUCUUAAAAAUGUAUUCUAGAAUUAAAUGUAAACUCACUGUCCUCUAGUUUGGUCUUUUGUUUUCGAGACCAGAUUUCCCUAUAUUUUCUAGGCUGGAAGUAUAGGGUCCUUCACAGGCCCGAUUCCAAACUUGAGUGGCACAGAAGCUUUAAUCUGCUCUGUUUUUCUAACCUCAGCUAGUUUAGUCCCUUUGGGCAGUCUAGUGUCCAGCUGCUCAUAGGGCUCAGCAAACUAGUGCCAAAACAGUAUAGACACUUGAUUGGUUUUAGCCCAAUGCAGCUCAGGAUGUCAGAGUCUCAGCCUCCCCAGCAUGUUUGGCCUGAACUAUUUAAGGAAUUCACUUCUUUUUGAAAAUUUAGAUUUUUUUUAUUCCUGUAGCACCUUUCUCAUUUCUCACAAUCACUAAUAUAUUUCCAUAAGAAAUUAUAUCCAUGAUAUGGAAUAUUAUUCAUCCAAGUUAAGAUGAUGUAAAAUCAUUGGUGGCAGCUAGGUGCUCUCUUACUAUCUCCUCAGUAAUCUUGGGUUUGACUUCCUGUUAACUAUUUUUUUUUAUUUCCUUAGUCUGAAGAUGGUUCUUUUAAUUAGAGAAAACAGAAGCAAAAUAGAAUUUGGAUAAUUUAUCCUUCUGAAGGCUCCGCAUCAGGUGUAGCUGAUGAAUGUUGCCCAGGAAGAUUGCCACUUCAUUCAGUGUUGGAAAAAAAAGUUUGAUUAUUUGAAAAUUAUUCUUUCCCUGGUGAUGUUGUAGAAGAGGUGAAUCCAUGAGAACAUGGGUUAUUUUAUUACCUUUCAACCAAGAGGUACAACUAACUGGCUCUUUAACCAACUGGGUCAUAUCUGGAUUGUGGGGUGAGCAUGCAUUCAUUUGCAAAAUGAAGAACAAAAUUUAAUUCAUGUCAGUUCUGAUCCUAGAAAAUAUUCCCUCUUUCUCACUGUGAACUGAUAUUACUAAUAUUUUAUUCUUUUUCCAACCCUUCUGUCUUGGGAUGGAAGGACACUUUUGCUCUAACUUAAAUAGAAUCUAGCUUUGGAACCAAAAGAAUAUUCUUAAGGAGAGUCAGGGUUCAAAUAUCUUUUUCAUCUGGAUAACUCAUCACUCUCUCCACAGUGUAUGCCAAACACUGCCAUGCUGAGGGGUCUCAGUAUCAUGAUGAGGUUCCUUCUCAUUGUUUUAAAAUCUUGCUUUUUAGCAAGGUCACACUGGUGCUUGGUCCCUUUUUCUUGGGCAACUCAUAUCUGGUUUAAGGGCCCAUUGGAAAACCCUGUGUGUGCAUUUCUUUCCCUAGAGGGCACUCUUUGAUCAAGAAGCCUAGCAUGACCUAGCUUCUGGUGUCUGGCUGCCUAUUCCUGCCCUUGGCCCUUCUUUCUGGGUUGUGGCUGAGGAAUAAGGAUGACCAUCCUCCUGCAAUGAACCAAAGAUACACUGGGCCUUGCUCCAAACAUGCUCAGACCCAUCCAGAAAGAUUCAAGUCCAUCCUGGCACCUAGUAGCAGCUGCUACCAACACCUUUUUCUCAGGACUGAGCCAGAAUUUUUGAGCAAACUUUAAGCAGGAGAUGCUAGACCCAAAGAUGUCUUCCUCCCUUCCAAGCUCCAAGUCUCAUAUAGGCAGCCCCACUCACAGUCUUUGUAGUUCUGGGGUUGGGGAGUGAGUAGAAAAGAUGAGCCUUCCUGGGCAGUCUAUUGAAUGUCCUGGAAAAAUAUCAGACAGACCAACUUUAAUUCCCCAUCAAUGACUCUUCCCUGGUCUCCAACGGAAGGUAUUUGUGUAACUAUUCUUGACCUCACUUGGUCACCCGUUGGGCAGUUAGUAAAGACAAGAAAGACCCUCCCAAAUGGCAGCCCCAGGAUGUGAUUGUGGGGUAGGGUCGGGAUAGUAUUUGUUCAGUCCUAAAACCAGGACUCAAAUACGUCCUGAAUGGCUUCAGGAAGCAGAGCAGCUCCCCAGUGGCUGAGAAUGGUUCUUCUCUGACUUAAUUAUCUGAUAGAGCCAUCUAUCUCCUUGUUUGCUCUUAGCAGCUCAUCAAGUUUGUGUCUUGUGUUUCUCUGAUCUUGUGAUUUGGUGGGGAAGAGCUCUUGAAUUUUUUUUUAAUGUAAAAAUAAAGGGUUUAUGGACAACAUUAAAAGAACCAACACUCCCA